AUGGCGCCUCUGGAGCAUCCCGCCUGGGCUGCCGCAGGGUCAGUGGCCCGCGACCUGCUCGCCGCCGCCGCAUCCCAAGACACUGCAGCCGCCGCGACGUCGACGCACUACAACACGUACGCGCGGCGCGACCUCUCGACGAACCACACGCAGCGCGUGACCCUCGGCGUCAUCGCCGCCUACACCGUCAUCAUCGCGCUGCUGUGGAACAUUCCCUACGUCAGCUACAUCCUCUGGCCGCUCAAGAUGCUGACCAUCGCCUUCCACGAGUUCGGCCACGCCUUCGCCGCCGUCUGCACCGGCGGCAAGGUCGUCGGCAUCACCCUCGACCCGCGCGAGGGCGGCGAGACGAGGAUGCUCGGCGGCAAGAGCAGCAUCACCCUGCCCGCUGGCUAUCUGGGCUCCUCGCUCAUCGGCGCCCUGCUCAUCUUUUGCGGCUUCCACGUCAACGCCAGCAAGGAUGCGAGCAUUAUCCUCGGCUUCUGCUUCCUGCUGACCCUGUGGUGGGGCAAGCGGGACUGGCUGACCAUCGUGACCGUUCUCUUUGCCGUCGCCAUUCUCGUCGGCAGCUGGUUCAUCUCGCACUCGCAUGGCCUGCGCUUUGUCGUGCUCUUCAUCGGCGUCAUGUCAUCGCUGUACUCGGCCUGGGACAUCUGCGACGACCUCAUCAUGCGCAAGGUCAACAGCUCCGACGCCAGCGUCUUCGCUCGUCGCUACGGAGGCUCAUCGCAGUGCUGGGGCGUCAUCUGGGUCAUCAUCAGUCUGUGUUUCAUGGCCGCUGCCAUGGUCGCCGGCAUCGCCGCAUUUCCCCAGUCGUUUGAGCAGCAGGACCGCGACUCGAAGGCGUUCUUGCCGACGAGGUGA